AUGGACGCUCUGUCGCUGGGCUAUGCCACGAAGCCCGCACAGCCGGGGCCCGAGGAUCAGCCUCAAGAGAAGAAGAAGGAGGAUGAGCCGUCCGAGGACGAGCUCAGCACGCCGUGGCGCGCGUGCGCGUGGGGGCGGAUCGACAGGCUGAAGGAGAUGUUGGACAAGGACGCCGAGUGCGGGCGGAGAGCGAACGAGGACGGGUUCUACCCGCUGCAGUGGGCGGCGCUGAACAACCGCGUGGACACCAUCGCGUACCUGCUGGACGAGUGCGGCGCCGCGCUGCACCAGGAGGACCACACGGGGCAGACCGCGCUGCACUGGGCCGCGGUCACCGGGUCGAUGGAGGCCGCGCAGUGCCUGCUGGACCGCGGCGCGUCCGCCGACCACCCGGACCGCAAGGGGUACACGCCGUGCCACGUGUGCGCGCAGUACGGGCAGACGGCGCUGCUGUACUACUUCCACUACCGCUGGAAGGCCGACACGGACCGCCAGGACGCCGACGGCCGCACGCCGCUGCACUGGGCGUGCUACAAGGGCUUCGCGGACACCGCGCGCCUGCUCAUCGUGCUCGAGUGCAAGAUGCUCAACCCCGACAAGGAGGGGUGUUCGCCGGUGCACUGGGCGGCGAUCCGCGGGUACGGCGAGUGCAUCACGGUGCUGGUGCACGGCGGCGGGCCGGACAUGCUCAAGGAGAAGGAGGUGACGGGGUGCACGCCGUACGAGCUGGCGAUGGCCAAGGGGCACGUGACGGUGGCCAAGCACGUCAAGGCGAUCCAGACGCGGCAGCAGCAGGCCAAACACCCGCUCUGGGGCGCCAACGGGCGCCUGCGCUGGCUCGCCGCGCUGCACCUGUGCCCCGUGGUGUGGGGGAUGAUGCUCGGGCUCGGGCUGUGGUUCUACCACGUCGUCGUCGCGGACAGCGCGGCGUACGGCCCGCUCGGCCCCGCGAUGACGCGGUGGGUCCAGUUCGCGUACGUCCUGCUCGCCGCGUCGCUGGCGCUGCUGUACAAGACCACCACGGCGGACCCGGGCGUCAUCUCGCCGGGCAUCGGCGAGGCGCGCCCGUCCAAGGAGGACCCCGAGCUGUUCGAGCCGAACCAGUACAGCUUCCGCGGGUCGCCCGCGCUGUGGCGGGGCAACUGGGGGCAGAUCUGCGUGAGCUGCCGCAUCGUCAAGCCGCUGCGGUCCAAGCACUGCGCGGUGCGCGACCGCUGCAUCGAGGUGUUCGACCACUACUGCCCCUGGGUCGGCACCACCGUGGCCAAGGGCAACCGGCACUACUUCCUGGCCUUCCUGUGGACCGGCCUGGCCACGAUGGUCCUCGGCGCGGUGCUCGCGGGCGUGCGCGCGCGCAGCGUGGUCACGGGCCGCGCGCGCGCCGACCACAUGGGCGCGCACCUCGGCGUGGUGUUCUUCAUCGUGUUCGACGUGCUGCUCAUGUUCUCGGUGGGGCUGCUCGCCAUGGCGCAGACGAACCAGGUGAUGCACAACGUGACGACGAACGAGCUCGCGAACUGGUACCGCCUCCCGCACUUCAAGGACCCGCGCGGGCGCUACCGGAACCCGUUCGACCGCGGGUGGAGGCGCAACGUGUGGGAGACCUUCCACCCGAAGACGACGCCGCUCGAGGGGGUCGUGCUGUCGCCCGAGCGGGAGGCCGUCGAGGCGCCGCUGCACGCGUGCGGCGACGCGGGGUGCCGGCACUGA